AUGGCUACGGUUUUAGUCCACCAAAGCAAAACACGAAGGAAGGCAUGUACGGGAUGCAAGAUCAAGAGCCUGGAUUGUAUUUAUGUAAAUGAUGCACGACGGGAUACACGACAAAAGGAACUAAGAAGAUCUUCACAAGGCUCUACAAUAGACUCUGAAGAGGGCAUUGCGGUAGCACAAUUCUCCAUGGACCCACAUGAGUCUGGUCUUGAUUCCCAAACUUACCAUAAUACCAACACACUUGUUUUGGACUAUCAAAAUCCACAGCUUGACCAGGAUAUCACAUCGUGGAACUCCGUCGCCGCAUCGUUUCCACUCGACAUACCACUUCCAACCACUAAUUUCUCGGAAUCACUCGAUCCCCACUUCCUUUCUAUGCCAAUAGAUAUACUUCCAUCACCCUACUCAUCUCUCCAAUAUCCUCUCCGCACCACUCUAAGCCCAACUCAAGCUAGCUACCUUGUGACCCAACUAAAGUCAUUCAUCUCAGCCUUUGCUCUCCACUCUCACAAUUCCUUCAUUUACCAACUCUAUUCAUCUGACCAAUCUCUUCACACGCCAUACACCGACGCCCUUUCUAUAUGCGCGCUUCACACCCUUAGCUCUCCUCAAACCUUCUCUAUCCUCGACUCCAAACUAUCCAAUCUCGUCGCCUCGAGCGAAAGAGAUUAUUGGAGUUCAUGUGAAUGGCUCCUCGCAGUUCAAGUCUUUGUUCUCUACCAGAUUAUCCGUCUUUGGUCUUCGAAUGAAAGACAAAUACGAAAUGCUGAGCGCCAAAUUCCUUUGUUGAUGCAAUGGACUAAUCAACUUCAAAUCGAAUAUGUAGGAUUAUUAGCAGAAGAUAUGGACUCGAGAUCACCGGCAGGUAAUCGUAGCGGGAAAAGUGAGAUGCAAGAUUGUCACAAGAGGUGGGUACUUAUGGAGAGUAUGAGACGGACGGUUAUGAUUAGUGUUAUUUUACAGUGCUUAUAUGGUGAGAGCAAAGAUGGGUAUAUAGGGGGAUUAUUACCUCUUCUUUUCGGGCUGCCUGUUAGUGUAGGUGCAGGGCGGGCAUGGGAUGUUUUAAGUCGAAGAAUUCAUGAUGAACAGGUAGAUAGUUGGGAAGAUCAAUCCGAGAUUAAUGUUGAGUUUGGGGAAGUAUACACAUAUGAAUAUUGGAGUGAGGGCUGGGUACUUGGGGUCAUCGAAGGAGGGGAAAGAGAUCAGGAGAUUUAUGAAAGGAUGUUGUUGGUAGCAUGUCCCAAGACAGGGGCGAGUGAGCGGUGGGGAACAAAGACUGAGGUAGCAAGUGGAGGGACUGGAACGGCGAUGGGGAGAUUCGCGAUGGGCUUACAACUCUGA